AUUGUGGCUCCAUCGCCUCCGAUUGUGUCUCCAUCGCCUCCGAUUGUGUCUCCAUCAGCUCGGGUUGUGGCUCCACCAUCUCAGAUUGCGGCACCAUCAGCUCGAAUUGCAACUCCAUCAGUUCAGAUUGUGGCUCCAUCAGCUCGGGUUGUGGCUCAACCACCUCAGAUUGUGGCUCCACCACCUCGGACUGUGGCUCCAUCAGCUUGGGUUGUGGCUCAACCACCUCAGAUUGCGGCUCCAUCAGCUCGAAUUGCAGCUCCAUCAGUUCAGAAUGUGGCUCCACCACCUCGGACUGUGGCUCCAUCAGCUCGGAUUGUGGCUCCAUCAGAAAUACCUCAAAUCAGAACAUUAAGUGAACCAUUGCUCCCUAUUCCUGACAUUCCCUCUGAUGUUGUUAGCUUUAAUCCUCACUUGAUAUUCCCUGAGCAGUCACCUGAAGUAGAUGACUGGAUGAAUGGAAAAGGUGGAAUUCCACUAACUCAUUUAGAGAUGUCUUUGCCUUACCUUCCGCCAUCUGCCACCAGCAUCAAAACACUGACUUCUUUGCUCAAAGUUAAACAAUCUCUGCUUGCAGCUGCAGUGAAUAUCUUGCCAGUUGAGUAUCAAAACUAUAGAGAGGAAGAAGCUCAAGUAGCUGCCAUCCGCAAAAUGAUUGCCGAAAGGUUUGCCUCAAAUCCAGCGUACCAGCUUUUGAAGGCUCGUUUCUUGUCGUGCUUUACUUUACCAGCCCUUUUGGCCACUAUAAACCCUUCUGUGAAAUAUGAGUUGCCCACAGAUAACAAUGGUGAUGAAGAUGAGGUCUUGUUAUUACAAAAGAUUAAAAAAAGGAUUCGGCCACCAGCUGCAGGGAUUGAGCUUAACACAAAUGAAAAUGAAGCAUCAGCAAAACAGUUCUCAGGAAUCAGUACAAAAAGGCAAAGGAGUCGACACUGAGUUACAUAAGAUUCAUCAUCUGAAUGAGUACCAGUAACUUCAGAUUUGGUACAGUUCACGAUUCCUGUAGAAAUGUGUACCACUAAAAAAAAAAUCAAAAUUGCAGUUAAAGGGACCAGUCAGAUAUUCAUUGCUCUAAUUUUGUUUACUCCAUCCAUACGUUUUAAGGACAUUCAGUAUGUGUCCUGACAAUUUUUUGGAAAUAAAAUUAUAAAUAAACAAGACUCGGUAAGGUUGCACUGAGCUACUAUUAAAUUAUUAUAUACUUUCGUUACUGCUUUUUGAAUAUUCUGUAGAAAUGUUAAAUGUUUUGUCAUUGUUUGUUUUUGUGCAUUUAUAUUAUAAGCAUUUGUAUUUUGUUAUGCUUUUAUAUUAUGUGAUCAUAAUGUGCAACCCACACCUGAAUCUAGAAGUUUGUGAACUUUUAAAAAAAAUCAUGAAUUUAUAAUAAAUUAUUUUGUACAUUCAAUACCACUUAAUAAAAGUACAUAAUUUCUUGGGUUUUUAAACCAAACUCAUUUCACAUGAGAUGAGAACAUCCUUAAUAGAAGCUGUUGUAUUUUACAUGAAGCUGAAAGCCUUGCAAGGGAAUGCCACAAGUUGAGAUCACAGAGACACUGAAUAUAUUAAUAACGGUUGACUAUAUAUUUUCUUCAGAAAAGUAUGUACUCAUUAUGUAGUCAUCCUGCAACCAAAUACCACAGAAAGUGUGUUGCAGCUCAACAAUGUAUUGUGAAAUUGAAAAAAACUGCAACGACAGCUGGAAAAAGGGAACUUAUGUCACCACUCAGCUCAGUGAACUUCAUUUCCUUUUUGAGUUUACAGACGAGCUGAAUGUGUAAUGCGCAUUUAGCCUUAAAACUGGCAACCAAACAACUAUUUUCAAGCUAACAAAGAGCUAGUGUCAGUCAUGUUUGAUGGCCCAGGGGGUUUUGAGGUGGAGGAGGAUGAUGAGUGCUGGGCACGGCUGGAAGACUACAGAAUGAUUCUCAUCAAGACCAUUGAGCCCUCAAGGAUAACACCUUAUCUGAGACAGUGUAAAGUGCUGAGCAGUGAGGACGAAGAACAGAUCUACAAUGACCCCAGUCUGGUUAUCAGGCGUAGAAAAGUUGGAGUGCUGCUGGACAUAUUACAAAGAACUGGCCUCAAAGGAUAUGAGGCAUUUCUAGAGAGUUUGGAGCUAGACUACCCAGAUGUGUACCGCAAAAUCACCGGCAAAGAGCCUGCUAGGGUCUUCUCCGUACUUAUUGACACGGCCGGUGAAUGUGGCCUCACUCAGUUCCUCAUGAGCGAGGUCUCUCGCCUACAGAAGCUCGCACAGGACGAACGGAGGAUGCGACUCGAAGUGUCUGCGCAGGCGGCGGAGCAGCUAGACACCAUCCGCCAGCUGCAGCUGUGUGAGAGCGAGCUGCACAAACAGCAGGACCGCGUGCAGCGCAUCCGAGAGGAGCGCGAGCGCAUGUGCGAGGAGGCGCGUAAACUGAGAGACGAGAAUUACCGACUGAUGCACGACCUGACCCGACUGAGUGAGGACAAGAACUGCGCACUCAUGUGUAACAGAGACCUCCAGCUCGAGAUUGAGAAAUUGAAACACAACUUAAUGAAUGCAGAAAGUGACUCGAAGAUCCAACGGAAAAAAACAAUAACCUUGAAGAAUGCGAUGGAGCAGAGGCCAAGUCCUGAGCUGAUCUGGCAGAUGCAGAGAGAAAAUGACCUCCUUACAGCUCGCAUACAGGAGCUGGAAAGUGCUUCCAAGGUAAAUCAGGAAAAAGAUUACUUGGGUUGUUACCGACAUCUGUAUCGAGAGGAGAAGGAUGAGUUAGAACUGAAGUGCAUAAUGCUAAAAAAGGACUCGAAAAUGUACCGUGACCGAAUGGAAGACAUUCUGAAGCAGCUGGAAGAAGUCAUCAAAGAAAGAGACAAGGCUAUUUGUACAAGAGAGGAGUACCAUUUGGAGAACUCAAAAAAUCUCCAAGACAAAGACCAGUACCGCAAACAGAUCCGGGAGAUGGGAGAGCGUUAUGAUGAACUUCAAGUCCAUUUGUUUCGAACUCAAGGAGACGUUCUUGCUCUUCAGUCAAAGCUUCGCAAACAGAAAAACCCAAUUCAAAUGAACUCAGAAGAAAGCUCCUUGCUGAGUUCAUUUGAGAUGAAAAGUCAGACUAGUGAGGAGGAGUCCAGGGAAAGGGGUGAAAAGGAUAUGAGUGAAGGGUCACAGAGCCAGACAUCUGGAGAGUACAAUUAUUCAGAGAGGAUGUUCUCUGAGGAGGGCAUAUCAGCUAACUGCAGACUUAAAGGAAAAUGCAACUUUCACUAUAGGAGGAAACGUGCUUUAAGAACCAAAAAAUUCACAGACAAAGAGAGUGUGCAGUGCAUACUGGACAACACUACUGGGAGUGAUACGGACGGGAUGUGACAUACAGCUUUGGACAAGGAGACGAAAUGUGGCCUUUGAAGGCAUAUUAAAAUGUUCUGCAUCCAGUGACCCAUAAAACCUGAUUAACAUCAUAUCAAUAUCAUAGUGUUCACUGUUAAAGUAUGUCCAGUCAAUCACUUGUCAUGAGUCUGAUCUGACAAU